AUGGAACACGGCGAUCACACGGUGCGAGAAGGGCAGCAGACGAGCCAGCGAGAGGAUCGUGAAUUUCCCUCGCAGGAACAGACGGCUGAACGCGAAAGCGUAGUCGCGACGAAUGCGACGCCAUCCUGUUCGGCUCAAUCGCCCGUGGCCGUACGAGGAUCGUCCCAGAGCGAAGGGAUUUUGAGCCACCGGGGCGAGCAGACGAUGCAGACUCCGUGGGGAUACUUUCCGGUGAGGCACAGGAAUGCCAUCGCGCUGGACGCGACACCAGAAGCAGCCCGGCCUUCCCUUUAUCACACGCACGCACAAAAUGGCCACACGCAACCGGAGGGUUUGGGACGCGUCACCGAUGGCGCAUCAAACUCGGCGAUGGCGACCGCGCACCGGUCAACAACCCCUGAAGGGUUCAUUAACCCUAACCGGGAACAUCGGAAGAAGCAGCUCGAACUCGAGCGUUUAAGGAUCGAGCUGCAACAACGAAAACUUGAACUCCGCGAGCGCGAGUUGGAGUUUUCUAAAAAGGAGUGUGAUAUUGCGCGCGAAUCGCAAUGCGAGUUGGAAAAGGCGAGUGCUUGGCUACUGCAUCGAGAAAAUGGUGGUUCCCUUGAUGCUGCUGGAAGGCGUGUUGGGAUCAGCACGGAACACUUCCGAUAUGAGGACAACCCUACCGUGGCCAGCAGCAAAUAUGCACCUACUCACCUCCCGACGUGGCCAGUGAACGACACCGCGAAACGUGACGCGGAAUUUCGAGAGUGGCAAAGCGCGAUGGAGGAUCUCAUGUCGCGAGAUCCUCGUCGCACAGAUGUAUUAACGCACCGACCCGGACACGAUUUUGGACACAGCACUUUGGCACAACCGCACGCAACCGAUAACGACACUUCAGCACCCGCACACGGACACGAUUUUGGACACAGCACUUUGGCACAACCGCACGCAACCGAUAACGACACUUCAGCACCCGCACACGGACACGAUUUCGGACACAGCACGUCAACAUACACACACAAAAACCGAUACGGACAUGCCCCGCCCCACGGACUCGAUCACGGUUAUUACACGUUUAUACCGCCCCGCGGACUUGGAGAGGCGAACAGCACUUUUGCCCUACCGCGCACGAGCGCGCCAGCAACGUACCCGCACAAUGCCUUCGCCGAUAGGCAUGCGGGAACAUUCGGAAGCUUGGGAUCGACUUUCCUAAGUCAAUCACAAAUCGCAGCGCGGAAAGCCAGUGGACGAGAGUUGCCGACGUUUUCGGGUUCCGCGGAACAGUGGCCGCUCUUCAUCUCCAGCUACGAGCACUCAACAGCCAUUUGCGGGUACUCUGACUACGAGAACCUGCUGAGGCUACAGAAGGCGUUGAAGGGAGCUGCGCUGGAAGCGGUCAGCUCGCUGUUGUUGUUGCCUUCCGGGCUAAAGGAAGCAAUAGAAGUGCUCAAGCUACGGUUUGGAAGGCCGGAGGUGAUUGUAGAAAAUUUGAUGGAGAAAGUGAGACGUAUGCCAGCACCACGAGCGGAUCGGCUGGAAACUCUGGUGGAGUUCGGAUUCGCGGUGAGGAACCUGUGUGCGACCAUCCGAGCAUCUGGGCUACCGGAAUAUACCUGCAACGUUAUCCUGCUGAAGGAGUUGAUCGUGAAGCUGCCGUCGGCCACGUGCAUCGAAUGGGCGAGGCACCAACAGCAGCUGCCCUCCGUUACGUUGUCGGACUUCGGAAGGUGGAUCGGCGAAUUGGCUGCAGCACUCAGCAGGGUAGUUCCGGUGAAGAGCGAACGUUUCGACCGCAGUGGAUCUGGAGACUCGGAUCGUCGGAGCAGUGCGAAGCCGGUACGACUAGAUCAGCGCCAGCCCACCACCGCACGUUUGCACAUGCACGCCGCCACCACGAGCGGUAAGUACUCACCAACGAAUGUUACUAAAUGUUCAGCCUGCCAGGGGGAUUGUGCCGCACUGGAUACGUGCCAACGUUUCCAAUCGAUGACCGUCGCUGAAAGGAAGGAACACGUAAGGGAUAAGAAGCUGUGCCGAAAAUGCCUUAAGUAUCACAAGGGGUGGUGUCACCUUAAAACAGUUUGCGGAUCCAAUGGGUGCGAGGCAUUGCACCACAGGUUGCUACAUGGUGCUUUGAGUACGACCACCAACACAGAGAAGCAUUGUCUCACGCAUUCCGGCUCGAACGAUCGCACUUUGUUCCGUUACGUACCGGUAACGAUGUAUGGGAAGGAUGGCAGGACUGUUCGAACGUACGCCUUUCUCGACGAAGGUUCGUCAUCAACCUUCAUCGAUCAUAGCUUGAUGGAUGAAUUAGGGUUGAUCGGAACGUCACGGCCGCUGUGUCUCAAGUGGACCGGAGAUACUACCAGAGAAGAAAAGGCUUCUGUCCAGCUGGCGGUGCGAAUUUCAGGUGCCUACGAAGGGGCUCCAGUGCAUGAGCUGACGAAGGUACACACGGUCAGCAAUCUAGCUUUGCCCGCGCAGACGAUCGAUUGCAAACAACUGGAAACUGCGUAUCCACAUCUUAAGGGUUUGCCGUUAACCUCCUACGUCGAUGCUGUACCUCGUGUUCUAAUUGGUGUAGACAAUUGUCGUUUGGGAAAGCCGCUAAAAUGUACAGAAGGACGCGUUAAUGAACCAAUCGCAUCGAAAACUAGACUGGGCUGGAUGAUAUACGGACCGUGUCCUAUUGCAACCGCUAGUGUAACAGGAGGACACGGAAGUUUUCACAUCUGCAGCUGCGAAGGUAACGUCGAUGGUGUACUCACAAGCGAGGUCAAGGCGUUCUUCUCGUUGGAUUCACUGGGCAUCACUAAGCCAUCACACCUACUCAAAUCCAAGGACGACGAACGCGCAUUGGCGAUACUUAACCGAGAGACCAAAUUGCAAGGCGACCGAUUUGAAACGGGCUUACUCUGGAAAUAUGAUGACAUCCGUUUGCCAUGUAACAAAGCUGCAGCGUUGAAAAGGUACGAGCUUCUAAAAAGAAAAAUGAGUAAAGAUCCGGAGUUAGCUGCGGCGGUAAAUCAGAAGAUGAGAGACUACAUCCAAAAGGGCUACAUUCGACGUUUGUCAGCGAGUGAAGCGGAGGACAAACGACCGAACGACUGGUUUCUACCUAUUUUCCCGGUUACCAACCCAAAUAAACCGGGAAAAAUUCGCAUGGUUUUUGAUGCGGCGGCAAAGGUGAGAGGAGUCAGCCUUAAUUCCUUCCUUUUAGCGGGACCCGAUUUGCUUGCCGGGCUCCUUUCCGUUCUCUUUAAGUUCCGAGAGUUUCGUGUCGCUGUCGUGGGGGACAUUCGUGAAAUGUUCCAUCAGGUGUUGAUGCGAAGGGAAGACCAGCGGAGCCAGAUGAUCUUUUGGGAUGGAAACGAUCAACACGGCGAUCCGGCCGUGUACGUGGUAACCGUGAUGACGUUUGGCGCUGCUUGUUCGCCGAGCAGCGCACAGUUCGUGAAGAAUCUCAACGCAGAGCGAUUCGAGAAAGAGUUCCCGCGUGCGGCAAAAUGCAUCAAAGACGAGCACUACGUGGACGAUAUGCUCGUGAGUGUGGAAACGGAGGAAGAGGCUGUACGCCUAGCGAAAGAGGUUCGGGAGGUGCACGGCAAAGGAGGAUUCGAAAUCCGGAAUUGGGUAUCUAACUCAUUAGAGGUGGUGAGGCAACUGCAGAUACAAGCGGAACAUCAGAAAAGCAUCGAUAUCGGCUACGGUUUAGCAACGGAAAAGGUGCUCGGCAUGUGGUGGGACACGGCUUCCGAUACGUUUACUUUCCGGCUUUCAACGCAGCUUACUGAAAAACUACAGGCGGGCAAGUCGUGCACAACGAAGCGUAACCUACUCCGGAUCCUGAUGAGCAUCUACGAUCCCAUGGGUUUGCUCGGGCAGUUUCUGAUGUAUUUGAAAGUUCUCCUGCAAGAGGUAUGGCGUUCCGGAAUAGGAUGGGAUCAGGAGCUGCAUGACCAACUGGCGGAAAAGUGGUUAAUUUGGCAACGAGUGCUCCCUGAUGUCGAUAAGGUGAGAGUCAGAAGAUGUUAUCGAGCGGUCACGUCGAUUCGCGCCGGAGUAGAGCUGCAUGUGUUUUGCGACGCAAGUGAGAAUGGGAUGGCCGCAGUCGCUUAUUAUAGGUUCGAAGAAGAUGGAGUUGUAGAAUGUUCUCUCGUUGGAUCGAAAACUCGUGUGGCUCCGAUGCGUUUCAUCUCGAUCCCGCGACUAGAGCUGCAAGCGGCGGUGAUUGGUGCCCGAUUAGCGGCUACGAUCGUCAACUCACAUCGAUUAAACAUCUCGCGCACGGUGUUUUGGACAGACUCGCGGAACGUGUUGAGUUGGUUGUGUUCUGAUCAUCGGCGCUACAAUCAAUUUGUAGCAUUUCGAGUCGGAGAGCUGCUCGAAACAACGGAGGUUGAGCAAUGGCGUUGGAUCCCAACGAAAUGGAACGUAGCCGAUGACGGGACGAAGUGGACGAAAACACCGGAUCUAUCGCCUACUAGUCGCUGGUUCAACGGUCCGAGGUUCUUAUGGGGCCCUGAAUCACUCUGGCCCGCCGCCGAAGCACCAUCCACAGACACCCCUGAAGAACUACGUCCCAACGUGUUGCAUCAUACGGUGCAGGAGCCUCUCAUUAAUUUUCAUCGUUUCUCGAAAUGGAGAAGGCUUCUGCGGGCAGUUGCGUAUGUGGUGAGAUUUGUCACUAAUGUCCGUCGAGCCAUCAGGAAAGAUGUCAUUUUAGGUGAACCGCUGACACAAGAAGAGCUGGCACGGGCCGAGAAGAUCAUCAUCACCCAAAUACAGGCGGACGUGUAUGCGUGUGAAAUACGCUCUUUGAAGAAGGAUCCCUCUCUGUUGCAGCCGUGGAAGAGCAGGGUGGAGAAGAGCAGUCCUCUCUACAAAUUGUCGCCGGUACUAGACGAACACGGAAUAGUGAGGAUGCGAGGGCGCCUGGCUGGGACGUUGUCGGUCAGCGAAACACUGCAGCAACCUAUCAUCCUCCCUCGGAAGCAUCGUGGAACAGAGUUGCUAAUACUCAGCUACCACGAACGAUACAAGCACUGUAACCACCGCACGGUUGUUAGUGAGCUGCGAGCUCGGUUUUAUAUACCACGGGUCCUGGGUGAGUACAACCGUGUACGUAAGUCCUGCCAGCGAUGCAAAAUAGAUGGAGCCACUCCGGAGCCUCCCUCGAUGGGAAACGUUCCAUUCCAACGAGUUGCGGUCGGGCAACGAGCUUUCUCAUUCACAGGCGUGGACUAUUUUGGACCCCUGCUGGUUGCCGUAGGAAGACGAGUAGAAAAAAGAUGGGGAGUCAUAUUCACCUGCCUGACGUCCAGAGCUAUCCAUUUGGAGAUGGCUCACUCUCUCACAACGGCGUCCUGCAUUAUGGCGAUUCGGUGCUUCAUCGCUAGGCGCGGAAAACCGUUAGAGAUGAUCAGCGAUAGGGGAACCAAUUUCGUCGGGUCGGCUCGGGAGCUGGAGGAAGCCUUGCAGGCCGUCGACGUUGACGCGAUGAUGGACGAAUUCGUUGGGCCCGAGAUGAAAUGGAGCUUUAAUCCGCCAGCUGCACCACAUUUCGGCGGAUGCUCGGAGAGACUGGUCCGGUCUGUAAAGAAAGUGCUGAGUCAAUUUGAGCUGCCACGAAAGCCGACGGACGAGGUGCUGAUGUCGACGCUGACGGAAAUCGAGCUCAUCAUCAACUCGAGACCACUUACCUACGUGCCAUUGGACGACGAGAUGGACACACCGAUCACACCAAACCAUCUACUACUCGGAAGCUCCAACGGGUGCAAGCCGCCCGCCGUAUUUGACGACAGUAGUACCGCCGUUAAAACAGCAUGGAGAGCCGCCCAACGCAACGCAGACGUAUUCCGGAGGAGAUGGGUAUCGGAAUAUCUCCCCACGCUGACCCGCCGAUCGAAGUGGUUUGAGUCGGUGCGGCCGAUUCAGGUGGGAGACUUAGUAGUUAUCGUUGACAAUUGUUUGCCGCGGAACAGUUGGCCGAAGGGACGCGUAAUCGAGGUAGUUAGGGCCCAGGACGGUCAAAUGUACAGCAAGGAAACUUACCUGCGUGAGCUAGGAGUAGUAAACAUAGUGCGGCGCAUGGUAAAGUGA